AGGCGGCUCUCUGCUUCCUGGUUGUAGUUGUCAAACACAAGCUACGGUUUGGAUAACGACCGAUGUCCGCAGUCUACGCCCUGCAUCGCCCCGAGCGAGUUUUAAGCAGCCACAAAGCAAGAAAUCCUGGACGAUGGCGUUCAGGAAGGCUCUGAAACGGACAGCGAUCAUCGGCAGUGGGGCGGUCGCCACAGUUUUUGGCCUAUCACAGCUGAUCGAGUACAGGAAGACGCAGCAUGGAUUGGCUCGGUUAGCCCACGUGGCAGCAGAAGCAGAGCUGAGGGUUCCCUUUGCGGAUGAGUUCCCCGCUCGGCAGGCCCAGCUCGCAGCGCUGCAAAACACAGAGGAGUUUGAUGUCCUGGUUGUCGGAGGAGGGGCCACGGGUGCAGGAUGUGCCUUAGAUGCUGUCACGCGCAACCUCAAAACUGCUCUCGUAGAGAGAAGCGAUUUCUCUUCGGGGACCAGCAGCCGGAGUACCAAGCUAAUCCAUGGUGGAGUCCGCUACCUCCAGAAGGCCAUCAUGCAGUUAGACUAUGAACAGUACAUGAUGGUGAAAGAAGCGCUCCACGAGCGAGCCAACCUCCUGGAGAUUGCCCCUCACCUAUCUGCGCCGCUACCCAUCAUGCUUCCUGUUUACAAAUGGUGGCAGUUGCCUUACUACUGGGCAGGGAUCAAGAUGUAUGACUUGGUGGCUGGGAUCCAGUGCCUGAAGAGCAGCUACGUCCUCAGUAAGACCAAAGCCUUGGAGCUUUUCCCCAUGUUGAAGAAGGACAAGCUGGUGGGAGCCAUCGUAUACUAUGACGGGCAGCACAAUGAUGCCCGUAUGAACCUGGCCAUCGCCCUCACUUCAGCCCGCUACGGCGCCGCCGUCGCCAACUACACCGAGGUGGUCCACCUGCUGAAGACAAACGACCCCCAGACCGGCAAGGAGAAGGUGUGUGGCGCUCGCUGCAGGGACGUCAUCACAGGACGGGAGUUUGACGUGAAGGCCAAGUGUGUGAUCAACGCCACCGGGCCGUUUACAGACUCCCUGAGGAAGAUGGACAACCAGGAAACCAAAAACAUCUGCCAACCCAGCGCUGGUGUUCACAUCGUCAUCCCCGGUUACUACAGCCCUGACAACAUGGGUCUGCUCGAUCCGGCGACAAGUGACGGACGUGUCAUCUUCUUCCUGCCCUGGGAGAAGAUGACCAUCGCCGGGACGACCGACUCGCCCACCAGUGUGACGGCCCACCCCGUCCCAGGGGAGGACGACAUCAACUUCAUCCUGAAUGAAGUCCGCAACUACCUCAGCCCCGACGUAGAAGUGCGCAGAGGAGACGUGUUGGCAGCGUGGAGCGGCAUCCGUCCGCUGGUGACCGACCCCAACUCCAAAGACACUCAGUCCAUCUGUAGAAACCACAUCGUCAGCAUCAGUGACAGCGGACUGGUCACCAUCGCUGGUGGGAAGUGGACUACCUACAGAUCGAUGGCCGAAGACACUCUGGACGCAGCCAUCAAAGCCCACAGCCUCUCAGCAGAGCCCUGCAAGACCGUGGGCCUGAUGCUGGAGGGAGCCAAAGGCUGGACGCCCACGCUCUACAUCCGCCUGGUGCAGGACUACGGACUGGAGAAUGAGGUCGCUCAGCACCUGGUCUCCACUUACGGAGGAAAGGCGUUCGACGUGGCCAAGAUGGCUCAGGUCACCGGGCAAAGAUGGCCAAUCGUGGGCAAGAGAUUGGUGUCUGAAUUCCCCUACAUCGAGGGCGAGGUGCUGUAUGCAAUCAAGGAGUACGCCUGCACAGCCAUUGACGUUAUCGCCCGGCGAACACGCCUGGGCUUCUUGAACGUGCAGGCGGCUGAUGAAGCCCUCCCACGCAUCGUGCAGAUCAUGGGGAAAGAGCUGGACUGGAGCGAGGAGCGGAAGACGGCCGAGCUGGACGCAGCCAGGAAGUUUUUGUACCUGGAGAUGGGCUACAGGUCUCGCUCUGAACAGCUGACCAAGACAUCUGAGAUCAAUCUGGACAACCAGGAAGUAGCCAGGUACAAGAAGCGUUUCCAUAAGUUUGACAAAGAGAGCAAAGGAUUCAUCACGACUGUUGACGUCCAGCAAGUUUUAGAAAGCAUCAAUGUCCACAUUGAUGAAAAUGCGCUCCAUGAAAUCCUUAAUGAGGUGGACCUGAACAAGAACGGACAAGUGGAAAUUGAUGAAUUCAUGCAGUUGAUGAGCGCGGUGAAGAAAGGACAGGUGUCUGACAGCCGUCUGGCCAUACUGAUGAAAACAGCGGAGGAAACGUUGGAAAAAAGAGGGCCAGUGACGGUGGACCGAAGCGGGGGCGGAGUCUGAGUCAGAGGAUGCCAAAAACAACCAAAUCUGCUACUGGUCCUUUAAAAGGUGGUGACGACAAAAGGGGCAAACGGUGCCAUUUGAAAGACAAUAAUGCAAUCAAGCACGCAGCGGGAUGAAUUUAGCCAAAUCAAGAGUGUGUUUUUGAGUGGACUGGUUCCUAAUGAUUGAGGCUGAGGCUUGUGUUUCCUGACCAGUUGAUCCGUCUCUUUUUCUCAACAUCUGGUGCCUCUGAUGUUACGCAGCACAUCUGUUUUAUACUGUCUUUUGAUAUUUCAAUCAUUCACAUUAUCUUUGUAAUUUCUCCAACGCUGCUUUUUCAACUUAAUUUAUUUUUUAACAUCACCGACACUGAUUGUUGGUAAGACGCUGUCCUCAAUGCGAUGCAGCUUUUUCACGGGGCAACUGAGCAUUUGGUUCUGCUUUAUUUUACGGGUCCAUUAUUAAUUAUCCUAAUAAUUCCCUGUAAGAAAUAUGUAACCUGCUACUAAUUAUCGGGAAAAUCAAGACAUACUUUGACAAGCAUAGAGCUUAACAUAAAUGAAUGAAUAAAGUUUCCAUUAAUGAAUGACUAAUAAUUAAUAUUUACUUGGCCUAAAUGGACCCUGUUUUUCCUGUAAUCAGUAAAAUGGAACCGAUUCUUUCCAGGAAACUUUCAGAGAAGUAAUUAUGGACCCCUAAAAUAAAGCCUUGGCGAGAUCUUCAGUUGUUUCUGAUCUUAUGAUGUAAUGAGCACUAGUCAGGUAAUAUUUAAUGGUUCCUAAAGCACUUUGACAUGUUUCUGAAGUACUUGGACUGAUUUGGAUUAAGUGUGGGACUAAUCUGGCAUCUUCUUGCCCACUGUGUUUUUCUAUUUAUUGCACUACUGACAACUACUGAUACUGAACUACUAUGGAUGCUGAGGUUUACAUUGCAAGGUUUCCAGCUUUGGCGUUUUUAACCCUUUCUUUCCAUCUACUGUAUAUUUUUAUUAUUUAUUCUUUUUUCUCAUGUUACUGCAGCCAUUUAUAGACAAAUACAGUUAGAUGUUUUAAUAUGUUGCAUGAGAUAAUCUGGAUUUUAAAGGCACUUUUAUUUGCAUGCUUCCCUUUUACUAAAUUUUUUUAUUUGUAUUUUCACAAAAUGUGUUUGGAGUUCAUUCUUUUAUUUCUUGUGGUGAAGGCAAAGAGAAAGUAUAUACUCCUGCUGACAUUUAUGUGACACAAAUGGGACAUUUGUAAUCCAGCGUUGAUGUCAUGUCAGAGCAUGUUUGUGAUUUUUAGGAAAUGAAAAGUAUAUGUGCCUUGAUGUGCCUAAGAUAUGACUCUUUUUCACAGCACACUCCCAUGUUAAACCAAUACAGGAAAUGAUGUUAAAGAAUGUAAAGAUGUUUAAAUAAUAGUUGUUAUAUAAAGAAUAGUAUUUAAACUGCAUUGCAUGUUUUUUGUUUAGAACAGAGGUCAUGCUGCCAUGUCAGAGGGGUGAACUUUAGUUUGGUCAUUUGACCUGCACAAAUCAAUAGGGACAAUAGGUGUUUAAUAGGACACAGGGAUUGUUUACGUAUCUGACGUAUUUUAAUUCAUGUGUGAGCCUCUCACAGGUUUAAAAUCAGGUGGUUGAAAAAAGAAGAAGGUGAUUUAAUUUACUUCUGAGCCCCGAUCAGGAUUGAGGAAGCAGGUUAGUUGACUUUUUGAGUCUUAAGUAAUACAUACAGAUGUUUUUUUUCUGAACUGAGGCUAUUAGUUAUGAAUUCUGAUGUUGCUGAGAAGAACUUAAGAUGAAACCAAGAUUUUAGGGUUUUAGGAGCUUGAAAAAUAUUGUUUAGUAGUAGAACUAAAGACCACAUUCAGACUGACUUUAGCCUUCUGGCAAGAAAGUUAAACCUCAACUUGCAACCUAACACAUUGUGUAUUUAUGCUCAAAAUAGUUCCUUUUCCAGAGUUAUAAAAUCCUGUCCUAAAGUAUUGUGCAGCGUUUCAUCUGAGAAGCCUUCAAACUCUUAGAUCUGCUGCUCAAACUCACUUGCAUUUCAUCUCCAUCUAAACGCCCGCUAUUUAAGCUAUCAAAUAAGUAAAAGAAAAAAGGGAUGGCAGUUUGUUUUCAUUCCUCCAACAUGGCAGUAGGUCCAUCCUCACUCUUCCUCUCCUGCAGAUGGUUUUAUAUUGUUAAAUAAAUGUGUGUGUGUG